CGGUGCCCGGUGGCGGUGCCCGGUGAGGCCCGGCCAUGGUGGAUUACAGCGUGUGGGACCACAUCGAGGUCUCGGACGAUGAGGACGAGACGCACCCCAACAUCGACACCGCCAGCCUCUUCCGAUGGCGGCAUCAGGCUCGGGUGGAGAGGAUGGAGCAAUUCCAGAAGGAAAAAGAAGAGCUGGAUAAAGGCUGCCGGGAAUGCAAACGGAAGCUCGCCGAGUGCCAGAAGAAGAUGAAGGAACUGGAAGUGUCAUCGCCGGGAAGCGGGAAGGGGGAGCUGGAAAAGCUCCAGGCCGAGGCCCAACAGCUACGGAAGGAAGAGAAAAGCUGGGAGAAGAAACUAGAAGAGCUGAAGAAGAAGGAGAAGAACCUGCCUUGGAACGUGGAUACCCUCAGCAAGGAUGGCUUCAGCAAGAGUGUUUUCAACGUCAAAGCCGAGGAGAAGGAGGAAACGGAGGAGCAGAAGGAGAAGAAGCACAAGAGCUUCGUGGAGAGGCACGAGAAGCAGAUCAAACACUUUGGGAUGCUGCGGCGUUGGGAUGACAGCCAGAAGUACCUCUCGGAUAACCCUCACUUGGUGUGCGAGGAGACGGCCAACUACCUGGUGAUCUGGUGCAUCGACCUGGAGGUGGAGGAGAAGCAUGCCCUGAUGGAGCAGGUCGCCCACCAGACCAUCGUCAUGCAGUUCAUCCUGGAGCUGGCCAAGAGCCUCAAGGUGGACCCCAGGGCCUGCUUCAGGCAGUUCUUCACCAAAAUCAAGACAGCCGACCAGCAGUACAUGGAGGGCUUCAACGAGGAGCUGGAGGCCUUCAAGGAGCGGGUGCGGGGCCGGGCCAAGGUGCGCAUCGAGAAGGCCCUGAAGGAGUACGAGGAGGAGGAGAGGCAGAAGCGCCUGGGGCCAGGGGGGCUCGACCCCGUCGAGGUCUACGAGUCCCUGCCAGCCGAGCUCCAGAAGUGCUUCGAUGUCAAGGAUGUCCAGAUGUUACAAGAUGCCAUCAGCAAAAUGGAUCCGACUGAAGCCAAGCACCACAUGCAGCGCUGCAUCGACUCCGGCCUCUGGGUCCCCAAUGCCAAGAGUGGGGAAGGAGCUGGGAAAAGCGGAAGCGAGGGCUUGGAAGAGGAAGCGAAGAAGGAAAACGGGGAUGAGGAGGAGGAAGGAAACGCGUGAGCUUGGGGGGGGGCACGG